UAUUAAAUAAAUAGCAGCAAAACAAUAAUUAUUUAACCAGUUAAGUGAUAAACGUGUAAGAAAAAUGGUGAAUUUCGAAAUAGCCGGUAAAGUAGCCCUAAUUACCGGCGGGGCCUCGGGACUGGGACUCCAAUACGCCCUCAACUUAUUAGAAAAGGGUGCCAAGGGCGUGACACUGGCCGAUGUUAACGUCGACGUAGGCCGGAAAUCCGUCAAGGGCAUAGAAGAGAAAUUUGGCAAAAAUCGGGCGAUAUUCGUCGAGGUCGACGUGACCAAUUACGCGGCUUUCGAAGAGGCAUUUAAACAGACCAUAAGCUCCUUCGGCAACGUGGACAUUCUGAUUAACAACGCCGGCAUCUUAAACGACGCUCAGUGGCAAAGAGAAGUCGAUAUAAAUGUGAACGGCUUGAUCCACGGUAUGCUUUUGGGACUAGAAAACUACAUCCCCAAACAUAAAUCAGGCUCAGAAGGGGUGAUAGUGAACAUAUCCUCCGUAGCCGGAAUAAGCCCGAUCAUCUUCAUACCGAUUUAUGUUGGAACGAAAUUCGCCGUCCACGGUAUGACCCUGACGUGGGGUCUGCCGGAACAUUACGCCCGGACUAAGGUGAGGGUGGUGGGGGUGUGCCCUGGGGUCACCGACACCCCAUUGAUGGUCCUGCCUGGGAAAAGCUUGGGACCACAGUACGAGAGUUUGAUUGCCACUGUUUCGAAGCUACCAAGGCAAACGCCAGCUGAGAUCUCCCCCAAUGUGAUGAAGGUGAUCGAGAAGGCCCCCAGUGGUACCAUGUGGGUACUAGAAGGCGCUGAACCGCCCUACCAGUAUGAGGUCCCUGAUAGGUUUAAUAUGCCGAAGAAAUUUUUGUAAUAAUUAAUAAAUAUUAGAUUAAAA